AUGGGGGCGCCCGGGUUGGUGCGCAUGCGCAAUGCGCACUAUCGAGUUGCAGGCCCUCUGCCUCCCCCUGGGAGCCUAGGGCUUCACUUCCCUCCAGAUGUCCAGGCAGAAACCACAGAAGAGGACAGUGUCUUGCUGAUGCAUACCCUCUUUGCGGCAACCAAGGAACCCCUGGCCAUGGACCCACCAGCUUCCAACCAGCCAAAGAAAAGCAAAACCAAGAAGGCUCCUGUUAAGGCUAUUACUAAGACCAUAACUGCUGCCCAUCCAGUUCCAUCUGCCAAUGCAAUUACCAUAAACAAGCUUAAAAUAACUUUGCAGGUUUAAAAACUGCCGAUCAUCCCCCAGAUCAACCAGGCUUCAGCUACCACUGAGACAGCCAAAACUCAGGCUUUCACUGCUCAGCCUAAGAAAGCCAACAAGACAGAAAAAGUUACCGCUAAGGCAGCCCAAAGCUGCCAAUCUCCAGCUGGCAGUGAGAGUGUCACUACACAGAUCAAGUCACCCUUGCAGGCCCUAAACCUACCAGUCAUCCCACAUACUAUCCAAGCUCCAGCUGCCAGUGAAUCAGCAAAUUCCCAGGCCUUGAUAGCCUAUACCAAGCCUAAGAAAGCUUCCAAGUUUAAGAAGGCUGCCAAUAAGGCCAUAGCUACUGCCACUGAGAUGUCGCUGGUUCUAACCAUCACCCACAUAGCUACUACCCAAGGCCAAAUUGCCAAUGAGAUAGCCAACACCCAGUCCACAGCAGCCUCCAUACGAACUAAGAAAGCCUCCAAAGCCUAAAAGGCAAUUGUUAAAGGUGCACAUACUGACACUGAGCUGCUAGAGACCCCAAAGUCCGCUGAGACAGCUACCAGGCAGAUUGAGGCCUCAGCAAUAACGAUCUGGCCCCAAAAAUUCAAGGGCGAGAAGGCUAUCAAUAAGGGCCUGGCAGUUGAAAGGCAGCCUCAAAUUGUUGACCAAGGGGCCCAGGUCAAGAUGGGCAUCUGUCAGACCAACAUAAGUGCCCUUGAGACUCAGGUUGCUGAUGUCCAGGCCCUAGCAGAUGACUACCUGGCUCAGUUGAGUCUGGAGCCCACAAACAGGACCCGGGUCAGGAGGAACUGAAAGUCCAAACAUCUGAAAGGGGAUGAGAGAGGUGGCAGUAAUUAGAGGAGGAUCCUGUGGGGCUGGAGGCCUCCGCCACCCCAAGAUGCGGCCAUUUUGCAAGAACGGGCAAAUAAGUUGGUGAAAUACCUGUUGGUUAAGGACGAGACAGAGAUCCCCAUCAAGUGCUCAGACAUGCUGAAGGAUGUCAUCCAAGAAUAUGAUGAAUAUUUCCCAGAGAUCGUUGAACGAGCAAGCUACGCUCUGGAGAAGAUGUUUCAAGUCAAUCUGAAGGAAAUUGAUAAGCAAAGUAGCUUGUAUAUUCUCAGCACUCAAGAAUCCUCUGCCGGCGUACUGGGAACGACCAAGGAUACACUCAAACUAGGUCUCCUCAUGGUGCUUCUUAGCAUCAUCUUCAUGAAUGGAAAUCGGUCCAGUGAGGCUGUCAUCUGGGAGGUGCUGCGCAAGUUGGGGCUGCGCCCUGGGGUGAGGCACUCACCCUUUGGGGAAGUAAGGACGCUCAUCACAGAUGAGUUUGCGAAGCAGAAGUACCUGGAGUACAAGAGGCUUCCCAGUAGCAGACCACCUGAAUACGAGUUCUGGGGCUUGCGCUCCUAUCAUGAGACUAGCAAGACGAAAGUCCUCAAGUUUGCAUGCAAGGUGCAGAAGAAAGACCCCAAGGACUGGGCAAGAGCCCAAAUGAGGAUUGGAGAGGAAGCUGUGGCUGGGCCCUGGAAUUAGGAUGACAUGGAUAUCGACUGCCUAACAAGGGAAGAGUUAGGUGAUGAUGCUCAGUCCUGGAGCAGAUUUUCAUUUGAAAUUCAGGCCGGAGCCCAAGAAAAUGCAGAUGCCAGCACCAACGUCGACUUCAGCCAAGGAGAUAGUAUCAGGGCUAGCUUCACUGAUGGUGCUAGUAUUAGCUUCAGUAGUGCACCCAGCCCCAGUGGUGGCUUUGGUGGUAGAGCUGGCAUUAACUUUGGUGGCACACCCAGCAGCAGUGCCAGCUUCAGUAGUACAGCCAGCAUUUCUUUUGGUGGCACACCCAGCACUAGCACUAGUUUAAGUGGUGGAGCCAGCUGUAGCUCCAGUGGUACAGCCAGUACUAGCUCUAGUUUCAGCAGUGAAGCUAGCAUUAGCUUUGGUGGCAUACCUUGUACCAGUGCCAGCUUUGGUGGUGGGGUCAGUUCUAGUUUCAGUGGCCUACUCAAUACCAGUACCAGUUUCAUUGGUGGAGCUAGCUCUGGCUUUGGAGGCACAUUCAGCACCACUGCUGGCUUCAGUGGUACACUCAUUACCAGCACCAGCUUUGGCAGUGCACUCAGCACCAGUGCAGUCUUUAGUGGUGCACUUAGCACCAGCACUGGUUUUGGUGGCACACUCAGCACUAGUGUCUACUUUGGUGGCUAUCCCAGCUCUGGUGCCAGCUUUGGUGGCACACUCAGUGCCAGUAUCUGCUUUGGUGGCCCUCCUAGCACUGGCACCUGCUUUAGUGGUGCUACCAGUGCCAGUUUUGGUGAUGGACCCAGCACCAGUGCUGGUUUCAGCUUUGGCAAUAGGCUAAGCACCAAUGCUGGAUUUGGUGGUGGACUGAGCACAAGUCUUGGCUUUGGUGGUGGACUAGGCACCAGUGCUGGCUUUGGUGGUGGACGGAGCACCAGUGCUGGCUUUGGUAAUGGACUGAGCACCAGCGCUGGCUUUGGUGGCAGACUGAUUUCUGGUGAUGGCUUUGGUGGUAGACUGGGCACCAAUGCUGGCUUUGGCAGCACAAUUGGCCCCAGUGUUGGUUUUAAUGGUGGCCUCAGCAUCAGUGAUGGCUUUAGCGGUGGGCCUAACACCAGCUUCAAUGGAGGAAUGAGCACCAUAAUUGGCUUUGGCAGUGGUUCCAACACCAGCACUGGCUUUACUGGCGAACCUAGCACCAGCACCAGCUUCAAUGGUGGACCCAGUUCUAUUGUUGGCUUCGGCAGUGGACUGAGCACCAGUGCUGGCUUCAGCUGUGGACCAAGCAGUGGUGCUGGCUUUGGCAAUGGACCGAGCAACGGUGCUGGCUUUCGUGGUGGAGCCACCAGCCUUGGUGCCUGUAGCUUCUCCUAUGGCUAGUGAGGUUUUAGAUAAUUACAGCAUUUCCACAGCCAGGGCCCAUGGGGAUGGGUAUAAGAUCUGGGAGAUGUUAAAGAAACCCCAAGGCAGGAGGGCAAGGUGGGGAAAUGAGGACAAUGAAGGAAGUAUGAGAAAAUAGUAUAUUUGGUGCCAAAAUGUGUUACUGUUUGGUGGGUUUUUUUCAGGCUUAUUACCCAUGUUUACAGAUACCGCUAAUAAAUUACAGCAGUCCUUUCCAUGGAGCCAAGGUACAUCCCUGGAAUCUUUAUCUAUGCAGCAGUCUAAGCAGAUACUACCAGCUGAGAUUGACAUGCUAUGAAAAAUCUGUUUGCCAAUCCUGCUUUAUUGUUUGCUUUUUGUGUGCUGUUGUAUUUUGGUAUCAGAGUUACAUUAAAUUUGCAAAAUGAA